ACGAUGCACUACUAAAAGUCCUGAUUGUAGAACACUUUGCUGAAGCUAAGUCACAAAAACGGAUUUAAAAUGAAUAUAUUGGUUCUACCGUUAAUCUGUGUCGUCCUGCCUGGCGCGUUUGCACAGAUACCAUCUCAGAAUACGUUGAAGUGUCGCGUAUGCAGAAAUGCCAGGACACUAGCCGACUGUUCAACGCAAACUUUUUGUGACAAUCGAACAGAGGAAUGCUUCAUGGAUGAAGUGAUUACCCCAACCCUUGAGCUUGUCUACAGAGGCGGAUGCCGUGCAAUAAGCCAAUGUACAGCUUCAUCGACGGCCAUUGGAAAACGACAGGGUGAAUUGAUUUCGUGCUCGGAAUGUUGCAAAACAGAAAAUGACUGUAAUACAAGGAUGUGCGGUAUAAAAGACCCCAUUGAUGAUUUCAAAUGCUACUACUGUGAGAAGGGGCACUCAGACCAAAGUGAAGUCAGGGAUCCAAAGGACUGUACUACUCUUACACUGUGCGAUAGUAGCCAGGCCUGUUAUGCGCAAAACCAGUACCAUCCAGGGUCAGAUAUGAGCUUCAGAUACGGAUGUUUCAACUUUCAGAUGUGCCGCAUUAUGAUGAAAACAGCAUUUGACGAUUUAAACCAAUGCCUUGGACAUAACACCAAUUUAACAGCUUGUAGUACAUCUAUGACGGAAGUCUGCAACUUUUGCUGUAGAGGUGGAGGAUGUAACUAUGGUGAUUGUCACAUAGUAAGACAGCAACUGUUUGAGGAGUACAAGCGUGGUUUGUUUAGUUUGGACACCCUGGAGUCCUCGUCUGGUGUUACUGGGUAA